GGAGUGAUCAGUGAAUAGGUUUUGCUUCAGAGACUGAUUUGUGGCCAAAGAGUUGUCAUGGCUUUGGAUAUAAGACUGAAGAGAGUGAACAAAAUCUAUAGCGAAGGCGAUGACUUGUCAGGAGUGGUAGUCUUUGAGAGCAGGUCUGAGGCCAAGCACGAGGGCAUCGUAUUGUCCAUCGAAGGCACUGUCAAUAUGCAGCUCAGCUCCAAGAAUGUGGGCAUCUUUGAGGCCUUCUAUAACUCAGUCAAACCGGUCCCUCUCAUCAGCUAUGGCGUGGAGAUCGCAAGAAGUGGUAAAUUACCGGUCGGUAAGACUGAGAUCCCAUUUGAGAUGCCCUUAAGACCCAAGACUAACCGAUGUCUGUAUGAGACAUAUCACGGAGUCUUCAUCACUAUUCAGUACUUAAUUAAAUGUGAAGUCAAGCGACCGAUGCUUAACAAAGACUUGCAAAAAGUGGUUGAGUUUAUUGUGGAGUAUCGCAAACCACCCGAACUAAAGCCAUUGAUCGACAAGUCGGUCCACUUCUUAAUAACACCGGAAUCGCUUCAAAAUGUCAAAGAUCGCUCGAAAAUCCCUAAAUUCCGAAUCAGCGGUCAAUUGGAGUCAACGGUCUGUAAGAUAACGGAACCGUUCACUGGAGAGCUAUGUGUUGAACAGUGCGAUGCAGUCAUCAGGAGUAUUGAACUUCAGUUGGUCCGCGUCGAGACCUGUGGAUGUGCUGAAGGAUAUGCUCGCGAUGGUAGACUAAAUAUGUACGAAUUGGCUAAACACAGAAAACAACCUAAAAGUCAAACAACUGAAGAAACAAAUGCCGUUUUAGUCAGUACUGAAACAGCUAAUGAAGUCAAACAAGAUCCAUGUAUUAAAAUGAAAUGCGGGUCCGGAAAGGAAUGUAUCAUCGAAACGGAGACAGGAGCUGCUAAAUGCCAAUGCAUCAGCGCCUGUGCUGAUAAUACGGAUGUCCGUCGGCGUGUCUGUUCCAACCACAACACAACCUGGCAGUCAGACUGUCAUCUAUUCAAACACCGGUGCACUUGUCUCGAAGAGCUGGUGAACGAUUAG